CUCUCUUUCUUUAUGUUUUGCGCUCUAUCAGUCUUAUCCAGGCAAGUCGUCUUUUUUAUCAGGAUUUAUUUGAAGUUAGGGAGAAGAUGUAUCAUAACAGCACUCAACUGAGAGCAUGGACAUUCUCAUCCCAGGAAGAACUGAACGAGAAACGGUCGGCUUCCAACCAAAGGUACAGGGAGGAACAUCAAUCCAAAUCUCAGGGUAAAGAUCCAACCACUUUCUUCUUGAGUGAAGGAGAGGAGAGGACACUUUGUGAAUCGUAUGAGUUUCUUCUUCGAGACUUUUGUAAGAAGUUUCAACCCCCUGUGCCUCCUGCUGUGGUGGGGACAUCAUGUGCCUAUUUCAAGAGGUUCUACAUUUAUAAUACAGCUAUGGACUACCAUCCCAAAUACAUUAUGUUGACCUGUGUGUACCUUGCCUGUAAGGUGGAGGAGUUUAAUGUCUCCAUCUCACAGUUCUGUGGUAACCUUCGACCCGAGGAGCAGGAGAAAAUGGCUGAAUUGAUCCUGAGUCAUGAGCUUCUUGUCAUGCAGCAGCUGAACUUUCAGUUGACUGUUCACAACCCAUACAGACCCAUGGAGGGUCUCUUCAUAGACAUCAAGACAAGGUAUCCAAGCUUGAAGCAGCCUGAGCUACUGAGGAAAGGUGCAGAAGAGUUUAUCAAUCGAUCUUUAGCUACUGAUGCAUGCUUACUCUGUUCUCCAUCACAGAUUGCUCUUGCAGCCCUAGUAUCCAGUUCAUCGAGACAAGACACAAACAUUGAUAAGUAUGUUACUGAUUUUCUAAUGAGUGGAAGAGAUGACCCAAAGGAUCUUCCUGAUGUAGUAAACACAAUCAAAUUGAUACGACAGUUGGUGAGAAAAAUGCCUCAGCUUAACCCAGAGGUUGCCAAGCAACUAGAAAGGAAACUUGAAAAGUGCCGUAAUGAGGAACUUAAUCCAGAGAGUCUAAUAUACAAGAAGAAGUUGCAGGAUCAAUUGAAUACAGAGGAUGAAGACAUCUAUAUCAAACACCAGCAAGAUGCAGAGGUAAUGACCAUUCUUUUGUCUUCCAACCUCUCGUUGUUUGUCUUCCCCUCUCACUUGUCAUGUUUUAUUUCAUGAAGUUUUCUCCUUCAAGUGGGGAAACAUAAAUCACGAAAAAACAUCACUUAACCCUUUAGCACCUGAACCGCCCGAGACCGCCCUUCCUAUUACACACUGAACCGCCCUUAACCGUCCGUACGUUUUCUUUGCGCUAUAGUAUCUCUUGUCUAUGAUUUACCGUGGUAAUAUUGCGUGUGCAUACCGUAUAGGUUGGCUGCUACAUAGAUCUGCAUAGAAAAGUGUAUGCUCCUAUUGAGUAUAAUAGAGAAAAACCGAUUGACAUGCAUCGGUGUGUAGCAAGUUCCAGACUGUUGCGCAGUCGAUCUCAGCAAAGAUGGCUGCGUCCAUGUCUCGGAAAACCACUUACUUCGCCGAAGAAGCUCGGGCCUUGCUAUAUGUUCAUCAAAACGUUGGAUAUCACACAGAGUGACAUCUAGAUGUGAGUUGGAAUUAAUUUUUGACAUAUUUGAUCCAAGAUUUGGCGAAAACUUUAGUAUUCUGUCAGUGAUACUUUACAUUUUUUUGAAGGCGUGGGACUGGGGCGGCUGAAACCCGAACUUUUUGUUUUUUUUCUUCUCGCUCUGCAAACGAUUGUCAAAGGUCAAUAUUCGUACAUCUGAUUGAACUUUGCCAUGUACCAUUCUAUUCAACAGGUCCUAUGCUACAAAAUAAAUAUAACUUGUAAUGAACAAAAGUAAACUUAUAAAAAAAUAUUUCAAUUUGUUUGGAACAAUGCCUACUUAUUACCAGUUUUAUUGUUUCCUCCAGUGAGUAAUUGCCAUUAUGCAUAGGAAUCUGUAGGUGCUAGAGGGUUAAACAGGGUUUUCUGGUAUGAAAACAAAAGUGUCUCUAAUUUUUUUUGAUAAUCUCUUAUGUUGCAAAACUUUGCAAUUAUUGCUGCAGUGGGUACUAAACUUGGGUCAUAGAUGCACUAGGGACACCUUCAUGCAAUGGUGCUGUUGGAAGUGGUCACAUGAUAAGGCCAAAUGUCAAUAUAGGUCAAAGGUAAAUAAAGUUCACCUGCGAGACUCUCAUGACAGAUGAAUAUGGUAUGGUAACUUAUUUUUCAACCAAAAUUGGCUUUGGGUUUGGGCUUAAGAUUCAUCUGUUACAAGGCUGUACUACAUAAUGCCUUAGUGUUUUCUGUUGCUAUGACAUCAAUUUGAAUUUGUAAGAAGGCUCAAUGAUCUGUUCUGCAUGUGCUUUUUGUCGUGUAAGCACAUGCAAAAUAAAUAUAAUACACUGCUGAAUCAUGUUGACCUUACUCUUGUACAUGUAGUUGUAUGCAUAUGGCCAUACACUUAUCGGAUCAAGUUAUGUUUAAUUAUUCCAUAUUUGAACACUUAUUCAAACGGACAUAACAAAGGAUUAUUCCUGGCAAAGUUCACAUUGGAGAGAGAGGCAAUAAUUGUUGGAUUAUAUACCCAGCCUAUGACAGUUGAUCACCAGCCCUGGACACAUUAUUACCAUUGUUCUUGCCACUAAUGCUGGGGGGUGGGGGAGUAAUCUGGGUUGCUGCUCCCUGCAGAGAGAAAAGAAAAUGGUCAAAACAUCUCUUCAUCUCUCCAGAAUCUGAUGAAUAUUCUAUAAACUUCCCACAGAUAAAAGUUUGUCAGGGAUCAUGAUUAUUAACACUUUUUGCACAUUAUUUAGGGCAAAUAUUAUUUUAAAGGCAUGAGCCUAUGGAGAAUGAAUUAUUGAGGAUGUGUGACCUGAUAAUGACUUUUCUGUAUAGAUAAAUAGUGCCAUCUGGUGAUCAGUUGAGUGAAGGUGCCAUGAGCCUAAUUACAUCAGGAGGGCUAAAGAUAUUCGUUCGACCCAACCCAUUCAAAUUUUUUAAAUUUGAUAUUGCUGAUUGACAAAAGUGUAUGAAUAUGAUUCAAAAUCUAACACUGAUUCUAGAAAUGGUAACUACUGAACUUCCUUUGCCCAAAUUGGGAAGAUAUAUCAAUGAUUUGGAACUAUUUUUUGACUGGCGGAAGAAUUGGGGCUAUUUUACUGUUUCAGUUGAUGAAUUUGAUCCCAUCAUAGUUAUCUUCAUAAAUGGCGAUUUAUUUUUAAAAUGAGCUGGCUACGAUACCCUUCUCUGGUCAGAUAUGGAAUGUCAGAUAUAUAUCCUAUCCAAAGGUAGUAAACAUUCGACCCUCUAAUUUCACAUUUAUUUUUUAUGAAUUUUUCUUAAGUGCCAUUUUAACACACAAGUCUAUGGGGAAUGUUUUACGCGCGUGAGACCUGAAGUCCAUUUAAUAUUUUUGUCCAUAUUAAUUGUGCAAGUAGACCUCCAUCC